AUGGCCUGCUUCAUCAUUCGGAAGAGGAACUAUUUCCGGGCGGAACUGGUUGAGAAGCUACCGACCUCCAAUCAAAUAGAGUGGGUACGUUUCAAACGAAGUUUUGACGAUCCAACGUUAAUGGAAUUUGGUCAAUUUAUGAAAGAACUUGUGAUCGAUGCUUGCGAAGUGACUACCGUUACUACCCUGAAGCAUGACAAUAGAAGUGAAAAAAUGAAACCUAGAGAAAGGGGUCAUUUGAAUACGCACAUUCAAACAUCUGAAGAGUCACGAACGCAACAUUACGAAAAGAAGCCUUGCCUGGUCUGUGGGAUGACCAAUCAUCGUCUGCGUAAUUGCGAAAGGUUUAAAAAGUUGAGUCUGGAAGCGGGAUUAAAGGUGGUCGAGCAAUGGAAGUUGUGCGAAACUUGUCUCUACGACCAUGGAAAGUGGAAAUGUCGGUCGAGGUAUUAUUAUCGAGUAGUCGAGACAUUCGGAUUUAUUGAUGAAGGUUCGUCUCUGACCCUGAUGGAUUCAGAGUUAGCUGAUUUCCUUGGAUUGGAGGGAUCAACAGAGCCAUUACAAUUAAGAUGGACCUCAAACAUCGUGCGUGAUGAAAAUUAUUCGAAGCGUGUUAAAGUCGCCAUUGCCGGAAGAGAAUUUUCGAAUAAGUACCAUUUCAUAGUAGCUCGUACAAUUGCGAACCUUGAUUUACCAGAGCAAAAUCUACCGUACGAGAAUCUGGUUGGAAAGUAUGGGCACUUACAGAAUAUAGAAGUGUCUCCAUAUGUGAGAGCGAAGCCACAAAUCCUUAUUGGUUUGGAUAACCUAGAAAUGUUCGCACCUUUAGAGAGCCGUAUAGGACAUCGAGGACAACCAAUCGCCGUAAGAUCAGUACUAGGAUGGUCGGUUUACGGACCUAUCAGCUCCGGUUCUCAACACGGUGGCAGAGUUAACGUUCACUCUUGUAACUGUAACGCAGAUUUUGAACUUACAGACCUAGUGCGCCAACAGUUCGUACUCGAAGAAAACAUAACGUUUCAUGGCACACUCCCACGAUCAAAGGAAGAUACUCGUGCUCUUGAAAUCCUAGAUCAAACGACCACUUUCAAAAAUGGAAGAUACGAAACAGGACUUCUUUGGAAGAAAGAAGAAAUACGCUUCCCUGACAGCCGGCAAAUGGCGAUGAGUCGCCUGAAAGGAUUUGAAGGCAAGCUGACGAAAAACCCAGAUCUCCGAUCUAAUGUCCACGAGCAGAUCAAAGAAUAUAUACGCAAAGGCUAUGCACACAAGACAACGGAACUUGAGCUAACGGAAGUGCCAUCCGAACGAGUGUGGUAUUUGCCACUGAACAUUGUUAGCAACGCGAAAAAACCCAACAAAAAGAGGUUGAUUUGGGAUGCAGCAGCAAUAGCUAAUGGAGUUUCAUUGAAUUCAGUACUGCUUAAGGGCCCAGAUCUCCUUGUCAAUUUACCGUCUGUCAUCUACAAAUUUAGAGAAAAGAUCGUGGGCUUUGGAGGUGACGUGAAAGAAAUGUUUCACCAGGUUCGCAUUAGGUCCGAGGACAAACAUGCUCAGCGCUUUCUAUUCCGGUUCGAUCCUGAACACCCACCCGAUGUUUACACGAUGGAUGUUAUGAUUUUUGGGGCCGCCUGCUCACCAUGUGCUGCUUUAUAUGUCAUGCAACUGAACGCCGACAACUGUCAAAAAUAUUACCCUGAGGCAACAAAUGCUAUCAAGAGCAAUACUUACAUGGACGACUAUUUCGAUAGCGCGGACACGCCGGAAGAAGCCGCUAACAGAGCAAUUUGGGUGAAAUAG